AUGGCGGGCGCUUCCUCGAAGACUAGAGUCGUAUUGCUAAGUUGCGGAUCUUUCAAUCCCAUUACUUUUCUUCACCUCAGAAUGUUCGGUAAUGAUAUGGUGAAGAAUCAAUAUUCUUUGUAUGUGUCUUUGCCAUUUUGGUCUGUUUCCGAUGUCAAUAUUUUGCUUUCACAAUUGUUUGUUGAUCUGACAGAAUUAGCGAGAGAUGCACUUCACACAACAGGGAUUUACUCAGUUAUCAGGGGAUUUAUAUCUCCAGUAAAUGAUGGAUACAAAAAGAAGGUUGGCGAAUUUUAGAUCUUUUACAAUUUCAGUCAGGUCUACCUGAACUUAACCUACCCAUUAUUUGCAUGUAAACUGAUAAAAAUUUGAUUUCCAAUUGCUUCCGCUUUAUUUGUAAAUAUUUGCUCGAAAUGCGUUUGAUUACAGCCUGUUUCCGCCACCAUUUAACAUUUAUGCAUAACUCAAAGUGUUUGUUUCGACGUCUACUUCUUGCUCUUGUUUGGAGAAAAAAAAUCGAGAUGAAAAAAUAAAACCGGCUUUUAGUGUUCUCACGAGAACGUGUGUGUGGGUGGGGGUGGAGUGGUGCAGGUGAGGCCGAGGCUACAAACUCUUCGAAAUUUUUCACAUCGGGCCUUUCUCCUUACCGCAAAUUUUCAUCUUAAGUGAGAACCCAAAACUUUGUUUUCUAAGUACAAAUAUCCCAUACAGUAUAGUUACAGUGUAACUGGUAUUAUAAAUUUCUUUCACCUCACCAUGUAAUAUGUAGUAGGGUUUCCCCACUCUCCCCACCCUAAAGAAAUUAAUGAUAGAAACCGUAUGUAAAGAACAGUUUCCAAAAACAAAACUGUGCCAAGUGACUGCUGGCUCACUCAUAUUUGGACAUACAUAUGUAAUCAAAGAAAAACAAGGUUUCAUUUCCCUUUUCAGUUAAAAAAAACAACAACAACACUAACAACCUUUACCAUAUACAAUUUCUUUUUCUUGCGAAUAGAAAAAAAAAUCACCCAUCUGUGCUUUUAUGGAGAACAAAUCACUGUCCUGUUAUAUGAUUAUCCAGUCUAGAGGUGUAAUUUCCAAUGAUAAAUUUUGGGGCCUCCAUAUGGGUAUUAACCUACAGAACUGAUCUAUUUUGUUGCACAUUUCCAUCAAAUUAUCGGUUUUUCUGGCAAAAUUGUUGAAUAUGAACAAUUUUUUGUGUAGUAAAGCUACUAGCAACCUCUGUGCAACCACAACAAUGACAGAAACUAGAAAAAUAAAUAAGCAAAACAAACAUUCUGAACGUGCAGCACAUUAAUUAUUUUUUUUGCAGUUUUCUUUGCUGUUAUUGUAAGACUAUUACUUUCAAAGGCGAUUGAAAACAGAAAUUGUGAUGCAAUCAUCGCUUCAAUCUUUAAGAUCAUCGCUUCAUCAAUGAUGAUUGUCAUGACUUUAAUUUCAUCAGAAAUACCUACAUAUGUAUACAGAGGCUAAGUUUUAUGUACUAGAAUUACUGUGAAGAUAAAGUAAUAUGAAUUAAUGCAUGCUUGUUACAUGUAUGUAGGACCUUAUCAAAUCAGAGCAUAGAGUACAAAUGUGCAAGCUGGGAGUUGGAACAUCUGACUGGAUCAGGUAAAAACGACAGUGUUUUACAUGUACUUAUGAUUCGAACCUUUAAGGGAAAUAAGACAAGGGUUUCAGUUAUCAGGAAUUGGAGUUAUCAGGGAUAGCAACAAAUAAUGUGCACAUAUUUGACUCUGGGGGCUGGCGUUUCUCAAAAAGGUCCGGUAACUUUUUUGGCCCAAAGGCAAAUUUUGAAAUCAAGACCUGUUGAAUAGCAGCACAGUUCCUAAGCUCACAACCCGAGUCAAUUCGUUUUGCUUGGUCAAUUGAUAACCUCAUUAUAUCAUUUUCAAAAUUAUUGAAAUGUUGGCCCUGUUUCCUCUAGAACAAAAAUAGAGUUUGGCAUCUGCAAAAAAUCUGAAAAUUUUGUACUCAGCAAUUUUUUGUUUUUGCAACCUUGUUUGCUUCUGAGACGUGAGAAUUUUCAUUUAAUCAAAAACAUUGAUUAAAGGAACUUAAAUUGGUCAUGUUCGUGAAAUAAGAUGAGCCAAUGAAGGAUAGCUGGCAACAAAAAAAGGGGUUUUUCGCCUAAAAAAAAACUGUGGGCCUCCAAAAAUCUUGUCAACAGAAUCUUUGAAUUUUGGUGAGAGUUGAGAAAACUUUGUUAGGUGAAAAAAAUGGUCGCACUAGAAAAUAUUGGCUUCCUGUUGACAGAUUAUUUGCAGUACAAAGAAAAUUUUGCUUAGUGCAAACACUGGGCCUUUGAUAUUGAAUGCGAACACAGCAAUAAUUUUAACAUAAAACAGCUUUCCGGCCCCAUAAAGUUAGUGGGAGUUUGAGAAAUUGGCUGCCUGCUCCUGUAACAACAACUAUCACUGAACUUUUUUUUAAGCAAUCACAGCAAUCGCAGCAGUCAUAGCGACCAUUUGAAAACCAGGCUUUACUUUUCUGACUAUAAUUUACAUAAUUUCAUCUGGAUGAUUCAUUUCCUGCCUUGGCUAUGUAAAAGGCACAACAAAGUUCAGUUUUUCUGUUCCUUUUGUGACAGUGUUCAUGACUGGGAAAGCAAACAGCCAGGCUGGCUAGAGACAGUGAAAGUUCUUACUCACAUAACAGAUGAAGUACAGAAUGAUUUUCCAGGUUAGAGCUAGCUGUCAUAGUUGUUUUUGGUACCGUCAACUGUCACUUAGAAUGAUCGAUCCAUUUGGCACAAGAUCCAAUAAAGAGGUGUCCUUCUCAUGCAGGCUUCUUCAGAAAAUUUUAAGUACAGUGGAAACCUGCUCUACAGACACCCGCUUAAUACGGAAAUUAAAGUAGAGGAAGAAUAGAACUAAAAAGAAAUUCAUAGCGGUUUGAUGUUCCCUUCCUUCUCAUUUACAAUGCAUGUCCCAGGCAAUUGAAAUCUUAGUGUCAGCCCUGCACAAGGACCAGCUGGCUUGGUUAAGAGAUAUCUCAAUGAAAGUUGUGUUCUGUUUUCCUUGCAAUUGAAACUGUUGAUGUUUACAAAUUUGCUUUGAAUUAGUUGUUAAUAGCUCAUUUUUCAAAUAGAGGAUUUUGGCAGAACCUGUAGACGAGUUUUCCCAGUUUUAUUUGAACACUUUAAAUUGAUGGGCUAUCAUGUAAAUUCAUUUGUACAUUUGUAUGAAUGUUAAAGCAUCAUAAAGGAACAAUCAAAAUAAUAUAUUUUUGAAGGGUGGCCGAACACGACGACUGGCCAAAGGAAUUUUUGCUCAGUCAAGCCUCGUUUUUGAGCGGUCAAAAUAUUGCGCAAAAAAAAUGUUGUGUAGUUUUCUAUCAGUAAACGUGAUAAUUGCAUUUUUACAAUUUUAAAAGACAAAAUCUAACAUUUACUGGGUUAGAAUAAUAGAGUGUGUCACCAGUUAACCCUCUAAGCCUCAAUAUCAACCCACAAAUUCUCCAAACUGAUCUCCUUAUACCGUAAAAUUCCAAAAAUAAGCCCCGGGGCUUAUAUUUUUCAAAGGCCCUUUUUGAUGGGCUUAUUUUUGGAGGGACCUAUAUUUGGAGGGGCUUAUGUACAGAGGGAAAUUUGCAUUUCAAAAUCAAUUGGGCUAGCUUGUAGUGGGAAGGAAAUUUACCAUUUUUGCUUUGUUUUACUUUGUAUUCGAGGGCAAAUUCCAAGUACAAGCCCCCCGGGGGGCUUAUAUUCGGAGGGGCGAUUUAACGGAGGGUUUUUUGCAUAUUUACAAUUUUGUGGGACUUAUAUUAAAUUUUGGAGGGGCUUAUACAUGGAGGCGCUUAUUUUUGGAAUUUUACGGUAUUUCCUUACAGAAUUAGGUGAGAGAAUUUUUUCAAAGAUCAAAACAUUUUAUUUAUAUAUCUCAUAAACUUUUCUUUUAAUUAUGUAUUGAUAUAUUUGUUGGGAGAAAAUUGAUGUUGGGCAACAUGACCAGUUAGUGAAUUUUUUGGCCCGUCAUGAUCAAGAUGCCAUUCUGGCCGCCCCUUGUUUAUUGACCAGCCGUUAUUUUGAGCCCUAAGUAAGGCACAAGUUUUUUAACCCCUUGCCUACCAGAGCCAAAUAUGCCUAGCAACCGCCAGCCAUUUCUCAACAACCGGAGUUUUUUUAUUCAAGACAACUUGAACAACCAGGCUGUUGGUAAUUUCAUUUGUUUGAGGAUUAUACGUCCCCUAACUUAGCUUAACCUUAAUCUUCUCACUAACCCAGUUAUUGGGCUCAUUUCAACAGGCCUUUAGUGGCCCCUUGUGUCAGUAUGGUUUGUAGUAAAGUGUCCGGGUUCAGGACAACAACACUUCAACGAAACACCUCGACUAGAAAAUCUUAGUAAACGACAAGGUUUAAACACCUUUCUACUUCUACAUUCAGGAUCGAUUACUGAGUUGAAUUACAACCCAGUCUAUAAAAGGAUUUAAUAACAUUAUUAAUAUGGAGCGUGCAAAGAAAAUCAUUUUUACAGCUUGCCAUUUGGGCAAGCUGAAGCAAGCAUUUACUAGCCCAGAUGUCAUUUCAACUAGCCCCAAAAGCGUUUUGACUAGCAGAAUUGAUGUCACAGUUCUUCUUUUAUUCGAAUUCCUCAAAAAACAUUACUUGCCCGUCGGGCAAGUUAAAAACAGAAUUAACUUGCACGAUAGCAAAAUCAACUAGCCCCGGGCUAUCAAACACUACUUUCUUUGCACACUGAUAUCCGGAAAUUUCCUUACAUGAGUUACUUCGUUGCUUACCAUUAUUGCUGACUGAAAUUAGGCAGAGUAUUAUAAUAUGGAAGAUUUUGUAAUUUUUAUACAUGAAGCUGUGUGCAAUUCUUUAAAUACUUAUAAAUGGAGAUAUAUAUUGAAGUGGAUAUAUGGUGGGGACUGGGGGGAGAGGAGACUGGGUUGCUAGCCCAAAAAUAUUUUAACAUCACAUUCAAUACAUGUACAUGAAACAUUGAGUAACAGUGCAGUCAGGCCCAAAUAAGUAACCUUGUUUUCUAAAUGAAAAUAAUGUUGUGAUUGAUGAAACCAUUAAAUACAGGGUUGUCAAAAGUAGCCGGCUGCCAGUGAAAAUCGCCGCCUACUUGGUUAGUAUCGGCCAGCUACUCUGCUUGGCAUUUCUUUAUAGAUGGCAUUUUUUAAGUAAAGUAUCCCUGGACUUGCCUCUUACUUUGACAGCUCAGCUGUCUACUUCAAAACUUUCUGACAACCCUGUAAAUGCAUAACAGAAGCCCUCAGUGUCCAUAAAAUAGGAAGUACUGUAACUGCAUGAAAUAGCACGUGCAGGGUGUUUAACUAUUCCAUUUCCUGAGUCAAAAAUUGAACGAUGAGCUAAUUUGAAGGGGCUGCCAUAAUUUCUAACUUUUUUUGAUGUUACCUAACAUUUGUUGCUGAAGUCUUUUAUUAUAUUAUAACCAUCCUGCCAACAGAUUGAAAAAAUCGUGGGAAAACAUGGUCUUGUCGUGAUAUCGCGGGCAGGAUCAAAUCCAGAGUCUUUCAUCUAUGAGUCAGACGUUCUUACAAAGUUCAAAGUAAGCAACUUAAUUAAGUCGUACUAAGGACAGUUUUAACAGUUUUAUCGCAUGUAUUAGAGGUAUGUAGAUGACUUUAUGCACAUGUAUUACUACAUGUAUUUUACUGAUACACAGAAUAACAUUCACAUUGUCACAGAGUGGAUAGCAAAUGAUGUUAGUGCUACAAAAAUAAGGUAAAAAAAUUAAUGUCGUGUUGUUGUCAAAAAAAUACAUGCCAUAAUGAUAAUGAUUCCAUUUAUAUUAGCUGCACCCCUGGGCGUCUUCACUUUUGAUACGGCAAGGGAUCAGAAGGCACUUUUUAAAAAAACCCUGGGGCUCAUGUCUUGUUUGAGAAACAGCCAAAUGUGCAUUACAACACUUUGAUAUUUAUUUUAAAAGUUAAACUACUGUGAAUCCUCUAUUAAGCCCCCCGGAGGGACUUAUUUAUUUCAAGCCCAUUUAAGAGGGUUAGGGUUAGCGUUAGGCUUAAGAGACGGGGGGGCUUAUUUAAUUUAGAAAAGAUGAUGGUAUCAGAUCUCGAUAAAGAACUAUAAUACAAAGGGGAAAAGCUCAAGUACAAGAAGUUUUAGGUCAUGCAGCCGAGGAUCAGAAUCUAAUGUGAACUUCCAGCUCGUAGAUAAACCAUUCCGGAUCAGUCCACACAACGUUUUACGGUGGCGAUUGAUUAAUAGUCUACCAUUUAUUACUGAAGAAUAAUUAGGGGUGGGGAUGGGGGGGCUUAUUAACUUUCUUCCCCUGAAAAGGGUAGACUGCAAAACAGUCCUCAUUUUUGCGUAUUCAAGUACGCACAAGCAGUCAAACAAAAGGUCUAGAACAAGGCUGAAAACAGAGAGCGAGACUGGGGAGAGACACUGAAAAUACGUGUUUUGAAACAACAGCCGCACAUUCUACAAUUUAUCCGAAGCCCUUGGCUCUUUCAUCUUUCUCCCUCUUCGAGGAGCAGGCACAGGCUUUGCUGUCGUACUGCCACUUCCACUCAUUUUUGAUCCUCCACUAUAUAUACUACAUUUCACUAUAUACACUACAUUUCACAGAGAAGCAAUGCUAUAAACUGCUUUAGAAUUACUGGAUUACAGCGUCACGGUUAGAAGCCAAGUGCAGACAAUAACACGCGCUUUUCUCCCUUAAAAUCAGUCAGCGAGUGUAUCAAAUUCAAAAAAGAGGGCGGAGUUGUGAACAGAUUUUUGACAACCUUUUUUGAACCCCUGAUCGGAACAGACUCGUUGUGUGGAAAACGGACAGUCGGUUUUUUUUUCUCUCGCCUCACACACCCAUAAUAUAGGGCGUGUGAGACUCGCGCACUUUGCCACGUAAGACUCUUACGCCACGCUUUGCCGAUUUCUUUACAGAUUUCAAGAAAAAAAUUGACUCUUUUGCAGUCUAUGAAAAGGGGGCCUUAUUAGAGAGGGAGGGGGCUUACUUGAGAGGGGGGCUUAAUAGAAGAUUUAUGGUAACAAUUUUACCGUGACAUGAUAUUAAUUUGAGGAGGACUCGGAAAAAAAAUCCGAGUCCCAGAUGGGAUUUGAACCCACGACCCUCCGUGAUCUAGUCGGAUGCUCUAACCACUUGAGCUACUGGAGAAUAAAUAUUUUUUUUGGCCCUUGCUCACCAUAGAGUCUCCAGUAGCUCAAGUGGUUAGAGCAUCCGACUAGAUCACGGAGGGUCGUGGGUUCAAAUCCCAUCUGGGACUCGGAUUUUUUUUCCGAGUCCUCCUCAAAUUAAUAUCAUGUUGUUGUUGUUUCAUCUUUAAUAUACUCACUUUGGAGGUUGGUUGGCCGCAUCUUUGAUAUGCUUUAAGGUGACAGCGCGAUGCUGUUAGUGAGUUCUUCACUUCUUGUGUGCCUAUCAUUACUUGGCUGUGUAGCCGCGUGAUGCGGUUCCAGUCGAGACCCACAAAUUGGCCCUUGCUCACCAUAGAGUCUCCAGUAGCUCAAGUGGUUAGAGCAUCCGACUAGAUCACGGAGGGUCGUGGGUUCAAAUCCCAUCUGGGACUCGGAUUUUUUUUCCGAGUCCUCCUCAAAUUAAUAUCAUGUUGUUGUUGUUUCAUCUUUAAUAUACUCACUUUGGAGGUUGGUUGGCCGCAUCUUUGAUAUGCUUUAAGGUGACAGCGCGAUUCUGUUAGUGAGUUCUUCACUUCUUGUGUGCCUAUCAUUACUUGGCUGUGUAGCCGCAUGAUGCGGUUCCAGUCGAGACCCACAAAUUGGCCCUUGCUCACCAUAGAGUCUCCAGUAGCUCAAGUGGUUAGAGCAUCCGACUAGAUCACGGAGGGUCGUGGGUUCAAAUCCCAUCUGGGACUCGGAUUUUUUUUCCGAGUCCUCCUCAAAUUAAUUUUACCGUGAAUAAAUUAUUUACUUAAUAAUGGUGGAGAAUUUUUGAAACUCACUAGUCUAUUCAACAUCGAUAGCUUCUGUCAGCUGUCACUUUCAUUAAUAAGCUUCUUCUACAUCUGAUUCAGAAAGACAAAAGGAUCUUUCUUGGGGGUCAUAAUAAUUGUUGGCUGAUUUGCUUAUGGCUUGAUAUUCUACUUGAUCUCAUUGUAAUAUUGUCUUCAUUUCCUUUUUGUCAGGAGGUCUUUAAGAAGAGGUGAAAGUGUGAAAUAUUUGAUACCGGAUGAAGUGAUUGACUACAUUAAAGCAAAUAACCUGUACCCUUCUACAAAGUAA